CAAAAAGUAUAGCUGAAAUGAACAAAAGAAAUGACCUACAUAUUUAAAGUUUGACGAUGUGAAGUGGAAAGUGCAAUGAGUGCAACUCGGUGCAGCGACAGAGAACAAAUUGGUGAUCGCGAAAAAGAAAGAAAUGGAAUCUUGAAAUGAGUGUAAUGGUAGGUUGGAGAUUCUAGAUUUUGAAACAGGAAAAAGAUCAGUGAACAACAUACAUUGCAAUGUAAAUCGGUAUAUACCGGAUAUAUAGGAAAUUAUAGUGAUGAUAAAUCACUGCGAUAAACGCAUUACGGGAAAUAUCGCAUUGUAAAGCGACGAUUUGAUACUUACAAUUGUGAUAAUAGUUUCGUCAAGAUAGUAACAGAUACAAGACGUAAUACACUGUGGCAACACAAUAUCUCUUUUGAAGAAAGAGAAAAGGGAUUUUAAAUCAAAAUGGCAAUUGAUUUAUCGACUGUGCCGCUUGUUACGGCCAAUGUUGCUAGCAGACAAGCUAUUGCAAUCUUGUUAAAUCCCAUGAAGUGUUUGCCAAGUGAUAACGGCUUGCCAAGGGACUGGAGAGGCCUGGCACAUUUGUUAGAGUUUAAUGGAGAAGUCGUGUCACUGUUAACAUCGCAUUCUGAUCCGACAACACAUAUAUUUACAAUAUUGGAGAAAAAUCAAAAAGACAUCUCAAUAAAAGGUUUUCAGACAAUGAUGGAACAGAUGGACAGAUGGGAUGUUAUUGAUGACACUGAAGUGUUACUUCAAAAAGAUGCGGAAAGAUAUUUGGAACAUCAGCAAAGAGCUCAAGUGUCAGCAGAUCCAAUAGAUGAAGGUGAUCGAGAAAUACUUACAUUAGGUGAUGUUUACAGGCUAAAGCAAGGAUUAGGAACACAAUAUUAUGAUGCAUUUCUUUUGUAUGCAGAUGAGGAUAUUGAUUUUGUGAACGAGAUGAUAGAUAAACUUGAGACGGAAUACAAACUAAAAUUAUGUUUAAAGGAUCGGGAUCUGGUCGCUGGUACAGAAUUUGAGCAUGAAGCGGUAAUGAAGUUAAUAACUGAACGAUGUAAUAGAUUACUCAUUAUAGUCACACCAAAUUUUUUGAACAGCUCAGCGAAUAAAUUUUUCUUGAAUUAUACUCAGGCCUUAAGUAUCGAAAAGCAACAGAGAAAAAUUAUACCUUGUAUAUAUAAAAAUUGUGAAUUGCCUGUUCAACUAAAAUAUAUAUUCAAGUUAGAUUAUAAUCGUAAAGGAUUUUUUGACUUUUGGGGCAAAGUACGUGAUUCUGUGAAGGCGCCAAAUUUUGAUGCUAUAAGUACAGCUCGGAUUGGAAAUAGUAGUAAUAUAACACAAGAAACUAUAGAAGUAAAAGAUAUUUUGCCUAAUAAACAUAGUGAUUUAUAUUCAGUUACUCAAAAAGUAAAUGAAGAGACAUCAAAAUAUUCACAACAUGAAAAUUGUGAAAAUUAUAAGAGUGAAGCUAUCGCGAAAGUAAGUGAUACAAAAACUUUAAAUGUUAGCAGUAAAAAGAAUAAGACGUUGUUACGAUGGGACAAGAUUACUUCAAAUUGGAAGACAAAACAAACUAAGCAAUGUGAUCAGUUAACUACAGAAGAAAUUAUCGAAAAUCUACCAUCAAUAAAUAAUUUGGAUAGUUUAGAUUUGUCAUCAAGCACUCAUAUGUUCGAAAAUAAGAAGAAAAAUUUAUUUAGCAAAUUUACAAAGAAAAAAAAGAUUGCUUUAAAAACUUGACAAUUUUUAUUUGCACAAAGGAUUGGAUACGAAACUUUAUUUCAAAUUUUGUUAUGUAAACAAAAAGACGAAGUAUAUUCAAAUAUCUAAUUCAAUGGAUUUAGGAAAAUAUAUGUUCAAGUUAAAUUUUAUAUGACAAUUAUAUAUUUUAUUAAAAGGUUAUACAACUAAGAAUAGUAAAAU